CCCGUGAGCUUCUAGUCUCUAUUAAAGAACUCGUAUUCAGUUCCAUCUUCAUCUGUUUCAAUUGUUGUUUCUUCCUUUGGUUAUAAUGAAGAAGAGCAUCAGUAUCCAAGUAACACUCCUCUUCUUGUUAGCAUUUGCUAGAGUAACUUAUGCAAAGACUGUUAGGAAACCCUACAUUGUUCACAUGAUGAAAUCCAUGAAACCCGAACACUUCAGUCUGCAUAAGCACUGGUAUCAUUCAAUUCUCAACCAGGUCACCUCUGCUGCCUCCACUUCAGAUCCGAGUGUCUUGUUAUAUACAUAUGGUGUAGUCCUUCAUGGCUUUGCAGCCAAGCUGACCAGUGCGGAGGCUGCAGCUUUGGAGAGUGUGGAUGGCUGUCUGGCUGUGAUUCCAUCCUCUCUCAACAAGCUUCAUACCACUCAUUCACCUCAGUUUCUGGGCCUCACCGAUGGCGGAGGACUGUGGUCGCAGCAGUUGAAUCGCGGAGAAGACGUGAUAGUGGGCAUGGUGGACACAGGAAUAUGGCCUGAGAGUGAAAGCUUCCAUGACGAGGGUCUAGGGCCUGUUCCCUCCAGCUGGAAAGGCGAAUGUGAAAGCGGAGAACAAUUUGAUUCCUCCUUGUGCAAUAGAAAACUCAUCGGAGCUCGAUUCAAUUUUUCCGUGGGCUACAAAUCGCAUGUAGGCGAGGAUUUCAUAUCAGCAAGAGACAGCUACGGCCACGGCACACAUACUGCUUCUAUUGCUGCGGGAUCUCCUGUAAGGGGAGCGAGCUACAAUGGCUUUGGAAAUGGAACGGCCAUGGGCAUGGCGCCUGCGGCCAGACUGGCCAUCUAUAAGGCCUGCUGGGGGGGACCAGAACCCAACUGCGAUGACAGCGACGUAGCCGCUGCUAUCGAAAAAGCCAUCCAAGACGGCGUCGACAUUAUUUCUUUGUCACUUGGCAGUGCGAUUGAGAAUCCAUUCUACAUGGAUCAUCAAGCGCUGGCAGCAUUCGGUGCCAUAGAGAAUGGUGCAUUUGUUUCCGCCUCUGCUGGUAACGAAGGGCCUUUCUCAGCUUCUCUGUCAAACACGGCACCGUGGAUGACUAUAGUGGGCUCCGGCAGUAUGGACAGAGAGUUUCUCUCUCUUGUGAAGCUCGGCAAUGGCAAGGUGUUCAAGGGCUCGUCGCUUUACAGAGGACCAGGGAUUCAAAAUCUGCCUCUGGUAUACGAUUACUGCAGCAACCUUGGUGUCGACCCACACCUUUUCAAAGGUAAAGUUGUGAUGUGCGCUUUCCAUUCCAAUUCGACGAAAACGGCAAGGCUUCUGAAGGACGCGGGCGCAGCAGGAAUGAUAUUUGUUAACGAUGAAUUGUACGGUGCCCAAGAUGUACCUAUGGACGAAUCAUAUUUUCCGGCUAGCAGAGUGAGUUUUUCGACGGGCGAAAAGAUAAAAACUUACGUUAACAGUACGGCAGCGCCUACGGCCACCAUGAACCCCACGGGUUUGACAGUGGUGGGAAAAGCAAUCGCUCCCAUUGUUGACACGUUUUCUUCUCGGGGUCCAAGUGAUUCAUAUCCGGAUGUUCUUAAGCCGGAUCUAGUUGCGCCAGGUUCCAACAUUUUGGCUGCAUGGAAGGAUGGCGGCUUCAAGAUAGAGUCUGGGACGUCAAUGGCGUGUCCCCACGUCAGCGGCAUUGCAGCGCUCAUACGAGCUUCCCAUCCGACGUGGAGUCCGGCGGCAAUCAGAUCGGCUCUGAUGACUACGGCAUCCACGCUGGACAACAGAAAGCAGCCCAUCAGAGAUGCGCUAAACUUGCGAGCCGCGGACCCGUUUGCAAUGGGUGCAGGUCACGUAAAUCCAAGGGCAGCGCUGGAGCCGGGUCUGGUGUACAAUUUGGGGCCUCAAGACUACAUCAACUAUCUGUGUGGUCAAAACGCGUACACUAAAAAGCAAAUAGCCCUGCUGACCCACAAAUGGCCUCCCUGCCCCAAAUCGGAAUCAGGUGCAGAUCUUAACUAUCCAUCUUUCUCUGUUUUGUUAAAGUAUGGAGAGCGUGUCCAGGUGAAGAGAAGGACGGUGACCAAUGUGGGCGGCGACAAUGCCGUAUACAAAGUGCAGGUGAAGAGCAGUCCAAACGUAAAAGUAAGUGUGGAGCCAGAGACAUUGGUGUUCAACAAACGAAGCGACGAGGCAAGCUUUAACGUGACAUUCGAAAGCCAAGUGGAAGGGAGUGAGGAAGUAGAGGUGGGAGAGAUAAUGUGGAAAUGCAUGCAAGGGGGAACGCACACCGUUCGUAGUCCAAUUGCCGUUUUCUGGAUUCCGCUUUGAAGGGGAGUGACUCUUUAUAUAACCAAAUAGCUUUACUAAUGUAAUUUGGUAACGUAAACAAAUUUUCUAUUGAAGUAUAUUGUACCGGACGGUCGACUUGUAGUCUAAGAUCUAUGGAUUGAAUCCGCAUUUUAGAUUUGCGCUACUUUAGGCAAUUUUAAAAACAAGUACUAGUUUAUAUGGUGAAGAUAUUUUGCUAAGAGUAGAGGAAAUAACCGUCUACGAGAAUGCAAAUAUUUAUGAUGUACAGUUGUGUAUUGUAUUUGGUUUACGAUGUACUCUGUUCUUCUUCGUAUGCAUUCCUUUCAAUACUUUUUUCAAAAGAAAUGAUAUGGGAUAAGAUUGUGCAGGAACA